GUCCAAGACGCGGUUACCGACACGCUUUUGCCAUGGUUCGAUGAAGGCUGAGAUAGCAAGGCGAUGAGCUCGCGCACGUCUCCGGGGCCUCCGCGGCCCGUGGUGAGCCGAGUGAAGCUGCCGCAGCCGGGGCGGGGCCAGGUCCGGGUGGCAGACAUCACCGCGGGCUCCGGCUGCGCAGACCCCGCGUCGCGCAGCGGCUCGGCGCGGUCCCUCGCGGCGCGGUCGGUGCCCACGCCCAACCUGGACUCCAGCCCAGGCCCCUCGGCGGUGCGCCAUGUGCGGACCCCGGAGCUUCGGAGCGGCACGCUGACCAGCUCGCGGUCCAUGCACCGCUCGAACUCGGAGAACGUGCUGGCAAGAUCCUCUCCCCAUGCGACGGUGCCUGAAGCGCUUGUCAGCGGCAGCCAUAGCCUCAGCCGCGGCGCCAGUCAGUGCAGCGAGGUGUUCGAGGCGUCUCUGCCUGCCGCCAGCGUUUGGACGGACCCAGUCCCGGCUGAGCCGGUUGCUCGGGACCUGCCGGCUCCGCCGCGGGCGCGGCCAGCGCUGGAGCGGCAACCCAGUGCUCGGGAGCGGGAAGGCCCACGAGACCGAGAACGGGAGCGCCCGCAGUCGGAGCCGCCCAAAGAGAGCCGGCUGCCGGAGUUGCUGGAGGAGAUCGAGGACCAUUUGUUGCGGCAGACGGUGCGGCCCCCCGCAGACGCCUCGAGGUGGCAGCAGGAGACGGCGCAGCUGGCCCUCUAUGCGGAGGAGAUCCGAAAGCUUCUGCUGCCCCUCGAGGCCUCGCAGCUCUCGGCGGAGCCGCGCAGCCACUCUAGGGGCAGGCGGAAGAGCCGAGAACUGUCGAAGGUGAAGCCUCGGGAGCUCUCGGUGCUGCGUGGAGACAAAGACCUGAGGUGGGCCAGGCAGCAGCUCAAAAAUUGUGAGAAGGAGUACCAACACCUCCAGCAGCUCUUGGGUGGCGACCAGCAGCAGCUUUUGGUGGAGCUUCGAGAGGUGGAAGGCGCCCUGGAGAACGAGAAGCGCAAGCUGAAGGGCCUGGAGAAGGAGAGCCACAAGCGCGAGCGCUCCCUCGCGCGCGCGGCCGCGCGCGCGGGCGGCGGGGAGCUGGGGCUCCUGACGCUGGAUGGCAACCGCCGGGCCAAGCAGGAGGUGGAAAGACUGGAAGCAGAGCUUGAGGUGUGGCAGAUGAAGAACUCCUCGCUGAUGAAGCAGCUGGAGGAGACCAACAGCCGUCUUCAGCAGGCCCUGCAGGGCAAGGAGGCGCAGGAGGCGAAGCAUCAGCGACUGCUGGCCAAGCUGGACUCCGAGGACACCAAGAAGCGCUUGGCUGACGAGCAGCAGCGCCAGGAGCAGCAGCAUGAGGAGGAGCAGCGGCUGCGAGAGGAAAUCCGAAGCUUGCAAAAGGCAAGGAGCGCUGAGGGCGCCAAGGUGGAGCGGCUCUUCCGAGAACGGCUCAAGGGUCUGGAGGAGUUGCGGAGGCGCCAGGCGGAGCAGGAGGCGCAGCUGGCGCAGCUCAAGGCCACCGAGACGCAGCUGAGGCGCCUGGAGCAAAAGGAGGUGCGGCGCAAGAGCAAGGCGGAGCAGACGCUGCUACCGACACCUCUGGAACCUCCCACUGAAGUGACGGAAGUGGAGGAUGAGCCGGUGAAGCAGACGGAAGAAGCCCAUGAAGAAACAGAGGUGCAAGGCGAGUUGCAGCUGGAAGCGACAGGCGUGCAAGAAGAGGAGAGCCUAAGAGGAGAGGCUGAGCAGGCUGCAGAAGUACAGGAGGCGAGAGAAGUGGAGGGAGAGCAUGGCGUGAAAGAGGAGAUGGAGGAAGAGGCGUUGAAGCAAGAAGAGGAAGAGGAGCCCGUGAGGCAACAUGAGGUUGAGGAACAUGGCCUGCAAGAUGAGGGGGAGGGGGCUGAGAUGAAGGAGGAGGCAGAAGAAGAGAUGAGAGAACAGGAGAUCGAGGAUGAUGAGACGAGAACGGAGGAGGCAGAAGAGACGAGAGAAGAAGAUGUUGAGGAAGACGAGAUGAGGAAUGAGCAAGCAGAAGAAGCUGUGAGAGAAGAGGAGGUAGAGGAAGCUGAGAUGGGGAAUGAGCAAGCAGAAGAAGCAGUGAGAGAAGAGGAGGUAGAGGAAGCUGAGAUGGGGAAUGAGCAAGCAGAAGAAGCUGUGAGAGAAGAGGAGGUAGAGGAAGCUGACAUGAGGAAGGAGCAAUCAGAAGAAGCGGCUAGAGAAGAGGAGAUACAGGAAGAUGAGAUGAGGAAGGACGACGUGAACGAAGAGGCGAGAGACGAGGUCGAGGGUGAGGCGAGAGAAGGGGUCAAAGAGGACGAGGCGAGAGAAGAAGUUGUCAAAGCGAUGAGCGACACGGAAGUGCAGCAGGACGAAGGAGUUCACCAAAUGAAAGCGGCAGAAGACAAGGACUUGAGCCAGGCCGAGGCAGAAGACCCGAGAGAGGCGCGCCGGCUUCAGAGCGAGCCGCAACAAGCGGAGCCUCCGCGGCCUCGCGAGCGGCGAAGCGUUUCGGCCAGCGCCCGUGCCGCAAGCCGCGGCGCCGCGCCCAAGGCGGAGAGCCGCCAAGGGGCCGCGAAAGCCGCGCCAAAGGGCUUGCCUUCCAACCGGAAGCGCUUCCGCGGCGCCUCCCGAGGCAGCUCCCGCGGCUCUGCCCGGGCCGCGCGAUGAGCCGGGCCAUGGCCCCUUUCGCACUCCGAGCGUUUGGGAGGCGAGCUGUGGGAUCGCUGAGGUCGGGCCCCACACAAGUUGGGGCCGGUUUUGGGGAGCGAAGGCCAAGGGCGCAUGGACUCCAGAGACCUAGACGAAAAUCGGCCAAACCUUGUCCCUUAAAUUGGCUGGCGUUCGACAUGGAUCCCGUCAGGAACGUUUUGGGGAAAGGCGACAUAUUCGAAGAGGCGGUUGGAAGUGGUGCCCACUGGCGCGCACCCGCACGCCAGUGUGACGGGUGGGCAUCUGCCCCCAGAAUGUUCGGCUGCUUCGCCAAG